UUUUAUGUUUUUUUUUUUGGUCAAUCGUCCUAAUGACGUCACAGUAUCCCGCCGCCGCGCGUUUAUGUGGGAGGGACGAGCGACGGAAUUGGCGGCAGUGGUGGAUAAACAGAGGUGGCGUAGUUUAUUUCCCGUUGAUGAUAGCGAGAUCAGAAGGUCUGCUACAAGGGAGAUGUUGAAGGAUGUCUCACUCUACUAAUCUUCUACAACCAUGUCCAGUCCAGAUUGGCUCAAUUAAAUAUGACUGUGCUGAAAAACAACUUCAUGAUGAAGUAAAACAUGGCUGUUAUACAAAAGUUAAAGAAAUGCUCAAAAAAGGUAUGUCUGUGGAUUGUAUUAACUCCUUGGGUCAAACUCCAUUGUUCAUUGCAGCCUUGCUUGGGCUUUCAAAGAUGGUUGAUUUGCUCUUAAGAUAUGGCUCAAAUCCUAACCAUCGAUGUUAUGAUUGGAGCACUCCAGUUCAUGCUGCUGCCUUUUCUGGGAACCAGUGGAGUCUGAGCAUGCUUAUUGAUGCCGGAGGAGAUUUGCGGCUUCAUGAUCAAGACUGUAGGAAUCCAUACUUCUGGGCCCUAUUAGCUGGAAAGAAGAAUAAUGCACAGAUGAUUGAAUUCAUUGAACGUUGCACUGCACACAUGCAAGCAUUAAUCCAGUGUUUUCCACAUAAAGCUUUAAGGAAGGUGGACUCUUCAAGUAUUCUUAUUCAUAAUCCAUCAUUAAUCGACCUAAUUUCUCAAGGAAGUGCAGAAAAACCACUAAUAAAAUAUUGUAAAUACGGGGGAAUUUUAACAAACGCCAUAAGCAGCUUUGGAUAUGGAAAGUUAUAUUUUACUAAUGACAAUCACUUGUCAUGUAUGGCUUAUAUUCCAUAUAUUGAAGAAAGAGAUUUAGUUCAAGGACAUGAUAAACCGGUGUUUUCAUUCUCUACUGGACAUUAUAUGACCAUGACAAAUUUAAUGUGGGGUUAUACUGAGGUAACUGUUAAAGAACUGAUGUCCACACAUCAAAACUGCGGCAAGUUGCACUUUGCAGACCUUCUAAUUGCUGAGCAAGAAUAUAUGAGUAAACUGCAUCAUCCACACAUACUUCAACUCCUUGCAGUGUGUCUCUCCCAUGAUCUUGAAAAAACAUGCUUAGUAUUCGAGAGGGUAAUGUUUGGAACUUUAUACAGCAUUCUUCAUGAAAGGCGUACAGAAUUUCCUGUUUUGCAUAUGGAAACUAUACUGAAUAUAUUACUUCAAGUGAUAGAUGCUCUGAUAUUUGUGCAUUGGCGUGGCUUUAUCCACUGUUCUUUUUCUUCACAUGCCAUUAAUAUUAUUCUUCCUGGCUUGGCUAAGCUAAGUAACUUUGAGUUCAUGGCAGAAAGUAAAGAUGGCAAAGUGCGCACUGAUGUCAGUCAUUUUCCUAUUCCAAAAUAUCUAUAUCGUUGGUCAGCUCCAGAAGUAAUUUUGGGGAAAACAAUCUCUACAAAAUCAGAUCUUUUUAGUUUUUGUGUUGUAAUGCAAGAAUCGUUAACAGACACUCUUCCCUGGGAUGGCCUUGAUUGUUUUGCUGUUAAAAAUGCAGUGAUUUCUGGCCAUAACUUAGCUGUUGAUCUCAGAAUUGCUAAGCCCUAUGAUAAAAUUGUGAGCACAGGAAUUCAAGCAAUGGCAAAGGAUCGUACUAUGAGUUUGCAGGAUAUUCGCUGGAAGCUAAGAAAGGAUAUUGAGGAGUCUAGAAAAAGUGCUUCUGAAACCUUAGACAUAGAAUGCCACAAUCGGUAUCCUGAUGUGACUAACCUUUUCCAUCCCAGAGGGACACUAAAUAAGGAGCCUCACAAUCUUCAGACUGACACACUUGAUAAUGAUAAAACAUUUAGUGAAGAAGUGACCGAAAUACGCUGCAAAUGUGGACCUGUUCUGACUUGCCACUUAAAUUCUGAAAAUCUAAACAAACAAGCUUUGCACACUGAGACACACCAUAGCGGGCUUGUAUGUGAUUCUGCCCAUGAAUUUCAAAAUAAAGACACCAUUUCUGGUGCAGAGGUCAAUGCCUUUUAUGAGAUGAAAUAUUUAGAUUAUCAACUGGAUAAUGAAAGAACCAAACCAGAUAUGUUUAAAAAUACUUAUAAUAUGGAAUCAUGUGCAGAGGAAAAACAUGUAAUUUCUUGUUCAGUAUCACCUAAAAGAUCUGCUGAAACAGAUUCAGAAUCAAACACAGAAGAAAUAAAUAGCCUGUGUGAAAUAACUGAUACUGCUGAAGACAACCAGAUAACAGAUAAGGCGAGAAGACCUUCUUCAUUACAGAAGCACAUCAGAUCCACCACUGAAAAACUGAAAAUUUCCCAGACUUUACUGGAAAAGAUUAAUAAAGCUCUUGAUUCUGUAGAGAAGUCAUUAAAAAAAUCUGAUAAUACUCAUGUGCAAACUUACAAAAAACUUUCAGAAGAAUGUGUUUCCUGCAAGGCAUCUGAUGAAAUCUCUCGGGAUGAGGUUGAUUACAUGAAUGGACAAUUAAAAAUUAAAUCUAAUACUGUAAGGUCUGCUCUGGGACCCCCUUCUCAGUAUAAACCUCCAAGAUUAGAUCAUAUGUACACUCAAAGAGAUAAGAAAAACUUUCAAAGCGAGUAUGCUAUGGGUGCUCGUUUGAAGACUGUAAAAAAGCAACUUUCCUGGAAAGAUUAUUGCUCACAUCAAACUUCAAGUAAUGGGCGGGAAGAAAACUGUAAUAAGGCUCACAGAAAGUAUGCUGAAAAAGAUAAAGACCUAAAAGAUUCCAAUACUGAACCAAAUGAUAGGUGCUCUGAGGCAUACUCUGAAGAACUAUUUUAUGCAAAAGCAAAUGUUUGCGAAGGCAGGACAAAAUAUGUUGGUAGGACAAUUGGAAUGGCAUCAUCAGAAUGGACUAGUACAAGACUCCAGUCACCACAACCAUGUAUCGCGAGAAACCCUACAAAAGAGUGUGGCACUGCUUCGGACAUACUGAGUAAUGAUUUCAAUAUUGGGUUGGAUAAUUCAUCUAUCUGCCCUGGGGAUGAGUUUUUUACUGCCAAUUUUGAACUGUCCUGCUGCUCUAAUGACCAGUAUCCUGGACUUGAGAGUUUAAAAAUUAGAGAGGAAAUCAAUUUAACACAAAGCGCAAGUAAUUUAAUAUUGUGCCCUUCUGGAAGUUACAAGCAAGCUGAAUCCGGCUCUGAUCAACUUGAAAUGACUGCAGUUGAGGUUAACACAUUAAGCUUCAUACAUCAUACAAGCUCAGUUGUUGAUAUUCAAGAGCUAUCUACUGUUCAGUUACCAAUAAGCAAAGCAGGAAAGGUAUCCACAAGAUUCAGCACACCUGUUGCUGGAAAAGUUGCACCUAUUGCAGUUCUAGAUUCUUCAGCAUUGGAUGCAGCAGAGAAUAAUGCAACCCAGAACAACUACAAAAAGAAUAAUUUUAAAAAUAAAGUCUUUAAUGAAUGGACCAUUAGUUCUGAUGCCGAUACUGACAGAGCUCACAGCACUUUGGAUGAUGCACUGGAAAGAAUAAUGCAUUUACAAGCAAUGGAAACAGAUGUUACUGAUGGAAUGAGCAAAUUGGACCAGGAUGGCCCUCAAGAAUGAAGACUGUACUUUGUUCCUUCAUGAUAUUUUUAUUUUGUUCUUUCUUUGAAUGUUUUUAUACAUUAUUGGCAUGGUGUUUUUAUUUCAGUAUGUUAAUAAGUUCCAUAUACUAUUGCAAAAGGGCUGUAGGGUUGUUCAGCAGCCUUGUGGUUCAAGUACAUUAUACUAUCAGACAUCAUUCUUAAAGGUUUUAAUUGCCAUUUAAUGACAAGUGUUGAGAGGGUAGCCAAAGAAUAGCAUUGUUUUUAUACAUCUACUGCAUAGUAAACCUCUGAUUUAAAGUAGACUGAAAUGUUAUGGAAAACAGUUUAUUACUGAAUAUUGUACUAAAUAACAAAGAGGGAAAUGUCAUCUGGAACACCUUUACAUUCUAAGUUGAUUAAAACAGAAGCUGUGCUUGGAUAUAUUUGGUAUAUCUAGAAUUUAGUAAACAACUUACUACUGUUGAGAAUUUCAGAAUACAUUUGUGCCAUGCCACUUUCUUCUGGUAACUUUCAUGAUUUCUUCUCAUUAGUGUGCACAUUUUUUCUGAGCUACAGUUUAAAGUUAAUGAGUUAUUUCUUGUUUUUUUUUAUUGUAUGGUUACAAUUGUGGACUGUUCUUUUUGUUAAUUAAAAGCAUAAACUUUAA